AUCAGCCACAUUAGCGCCGUAGUAAAUAAACCGACUGAGCACAGAAAAUGAAUGGAAAAUGUCGUCUCUGUCUAGGAAGUUUACCUACCGAACCACGAGUAUCUAUCAGAGACGCAGCCUUCCACGUAGAAUUGAAAAAUGUGUUCCAUUUUGAUAUUGCGUACGAUAUGCAACUGCCGGAAUACGUGUGCGUUGAAUGCAGAGGCACAGUGGCAUAUAUUCACUCAUACUGCAAACAGGUACGGAACAAUCAGGUACAGCUGAUCGGUCAAGCAAAGGAAAGCUAUCUGCAACCGGUAGAAAAUGUCAAAGUGGAGUCGCUGUACGAUGCGGACUAUUUCGAAACGGAGGAUUGCGCUACAAAAAAUGAACCUGAAGUUGGGCAGGACCUGCAAGCGGAACAACCAUGCAGUCCAGCAGGUUCCAAUGAGGAGAAACCCAAGAGUCCACCAGUAAGAAGAGCUGAAAAGUGUGUGGUUGAAGACAAGGAGGAACGAGAAAAAUCUUGGCGACGGAGUCGCAGGAACAUAAAAGAAAAGAACAUCGCAAACAGAGCAAGUGCGAAACGAGAAGUGCAAACGAAGCACCUGGAGAAUGAUCAGAUGAUAAAGGAUUUCUUCAGCCUUGAAUGCGAGAUCUGUUCUGUUCCAUUGGAAAGUUUUGUGACGCUACUAGAUCACUAUCGUUGCGCACACGAUACGAGAGGCUAUGUGCGUUGCUGUGGUAAGCAGUUCUUUCGUCGCUACAUACUGGUGGACCACAUCGCAGCGCAUCGUGGUUCGACGCGGUGCGACAUUUGCCAGAAAACGUACAAAACCAAACGCUAUCUGCUGCUGCACAUUGCGAAAAGCCACAGCAGUGAGGAGGAACGACCGUUCAAAUGCGCCAAGUGUCACAUUUCUUAUCCCAAGCAGUACUUGCUGCGCGCACACGAACUGCUACACGUUCAGCAACAGUGCCAUAUUUGCCAGAAGGUGCUCUCCAAUAAUCAGUCGCUUAAAGUGCACAUCGCUCAAAUGCACAGCGAUGACGGCAACCAUAUUUGUGAUACGUGCGGUAAGGUUUUUCGCACAAAACCGGCGAUGGAACGGCACAUCAACGAGCAUCAAGGGUUGGAUGUAGUUGAGCGACUGCAAUGCGAGUACUGCAAGAAGUGGUUCAGUGGAAAGUACAAUCUGAACAAACACAUUCGCUUUCUGCACAUGCAGGAUGGUCAGGUGUUUUCUUGCGACGUUUGCCAACACAUUAGUCCAAAUAGUCGAGCGCUCGCGAACCACAAGCAGCGGAUACACGUGGAGGAACGAUUUGAAUGUGAGUACUGCGGGAAGCGAUUUAAACGAAGGCCCAAUUUGCGCGAGCACAUUGCAACGCAUACGAACGUGCCGUUGUAUUCGUGCGAAAUUUGCGAAAACCGUACGUUCAACUCGAAGGCAAAUUAUUUUACUCAUCGGAAAAACAAACAUCCACAGGAAUGGGAGGCACGUGCACGUUUGCGCGCGGAACGAUUGAUGAACAAUACUCCAACGAAGCAACAAACGAAAACAACCAAUCGGUUCGCAAUGCUCAAGAUAGAGCCUGCAAAAUCGUCCGAAAUCGAUGAAAUUAGUGGAAAAUGUCGCCUGUGCUUACAAUGUUUCGAUUCCGCCAGCACAACAGCGAUCACAGAUGAAGAUUUUGGCGCAAAGCUAGAGGAUGUGUUCAAGUUUCCGAUUCUUCCGGGAGAUAUGCUACCGGAGCAGGCAUGCCACGAAUGCCUGACGAUUGUGUCGGAUUUUCAUACCUACAGCCGUCAAGUGAAGCUGAAUCAGGAGCAGUUGCGGUAUCAUUUUAAGGAGCAAAAAUUUCAUCCAUUUGAGGAAGUGAAAAUUGAAGCUCCUGAAGAGGAAGAUUUCUACGAUGCAGAAAUUGAAGAUGCUGAAGAAGAGCAUGAACAGAAAGUGAACGUAAUCGUCACACGCAAACCUGCCAAGCGAAGGCACCUCGAAGUCGUUGACGAUGUUAGUGACGUAGACGAGGCAGACAUUGACGAAGAGGAUGAUGAUGAUGAGGAUUUCGUACCCAAAGUUGAUCCCACGGAUGGUAUUUUGAAAAUUCCAGAGCGACGUCGUCGUCCGACGGUAAAAAAUAAGCAAUCGCACAAGAAAAAGGAACGAAUUUUCAAACCCGAAAAACAGUCGGAAAAGCUGGAACCGGAAGAGCUUGCGAAACAGAUCGAGAAUGAUAAGCGGAUACAGGAAUUUUUCAAAUUUCAGUGUGAAAUCUGCUCACUGCCGAUGGAGAACUUCUCCUAUCUGCAGGUACACUAUAGACGAGAGCAUGGUACGAAGGGCUACAUACGCUGUUGUGAGAAAAUGUUUUAUCGACGUUUUCAACUUCUGGACCAUAUCGCUGCACAUCAGGGCACGAUCAAGUGCGAGGUGUGUCAGAAAAGCUACAAAAGCAGCCGCUACCUUGCGCUGCACAUGAUGAAAAGCCACAGCCGCGAGGAGGACCGACCGUUCAAGUGCGACAAGUGUCAUCAGUCGUUCCAUAAGGAGCACCUGCUGAAGGCCCACCAGGCUAACCACCUGUCAGAAAAGUGCCCGAUCUGUGACAAGGUCGUAUCGUCCAAGUACGCACUGAAGACGCACGUCGCACAUAUGCACGGUAGCGAUGGCAAUCAAAUAUGUGACGUGUGUGGCAAGGAGUUCCGGACGAAGCAGGCCAUGGAGCGGCACAUCAACGAGCACAUGGGGGUAGAGGUGGUACAGAAGGUACAGUGUCACGUGUGUCAACGAUGGUUCCACGGGAAGUACAAUCUGCGUAAGCACAUCCGAUUUAUGCACAUCGAGGGUGGCCAAGUGUUCCGUUGCGAUCUGUGCUCGCACGAAAGCCCGAACAGUCGCGCUUUGCUGGAUCACAAGAAGCGCGUGCACGUGGUGGAGCGGUUCGAGUGUGAGCUGUGCGGGAAACGGUUCAAACGGAAGCUGUAUCUGCGGGAACACAUUGCGUCGCACACUGGUCAACCGCUGUACGAGUGUGGCAUUUGUGAUGCCAAGUUUAAUUCCAACGCGAAUUGUUACAACCAUCGAAAGAUCAAACAUCCCGAGGAAUAUCAGGCACGUAGGCAAGCUUUCUUAGAGGCACAACGUAAAGCGCCCGACAGUGAGCUAAAGAAAGAGGAUCAAACAAUUUAUCAUUGUAAAAUGGAUGAAAAGUGUCGCCUAUGUCUAGAAGAAGUAGAAUUUGCGGCAACCAUAGCGAUAACGGACGAAUCGUUUCGGCGGAAGCUGAAAAAUGUGUUUCUAUUCGCGAUUGCUUCAGACAACAACCUUCCGGAGCAGGUAUGUCAACAGUGCGAGGCAACCGUAUCGGAGUUUUACCUGUAUAGCCAGCAGGUACAGGCAAACCAGCGACAGCUAAGAUCUGUACCGACCACCGAAAAAGCGCCCCAGGAAAUUAUAAAAGUAGAACCAGAGUUCAAGAUUGAAAUUCUACAACGGGAAGCUUCGGAAGAACCGCUCAUGGGUAUUGAGUGUGUCGAUGUGAAGGAAGAGUUCAGUGGAAGUGUUUCGCUCGAAUCGGAACCUGAAUCGGAAUGCACCUCAGAUGAUGAUGCCAUAACGCCACUCAGAAGGGGUCGUCGCCGUAGAACGGACGAAGGUGACAGAAAAGCGAGCCAUCGGGCGGAAGCGAGACGCAGAUCAGACGGAAACCAUCAGGCUCGAUUGCAGGAGAAGGACGAAAAGAUAAAGGAGUUUUAUACGCUCGAAUGUGAAAUAUGUUCCAUACUGCUGGAUAAUUUCGUACAGCUUCAGGAACACUAUCAGCUGGUGCAUGAAACGCGGGGGUAUAUACGCUGCUGCAACAAGCAGUUUUAUCAUCGCUACACGCUGCUGGAUCACAUUGCCGUGCAUCGGGGCACGAUAAGGUGUGAGGUGUGCAAUAGAAGCUACAAAACGAAACGUUAUUUGGGUUUGCACAUGGCCAAAAGCCAUGGCACCGAGGAAGAGCGGCCAUUCAAGUGUAAUAAGUGUGGUUUGUCCUACCCGAAGCAGUACUUACUUCGAUCGCAUCAGCUGAUGCACGUGCAGGCGGAAUGCAGCAUCUGCAAGAAGGUCCUGUCCAGCAAUUACGCACUCAAGGUGCACAUCACCCAGAUGCACAAUGACGACAGUAACCAUAUCUGUGCGACUUGUGGUAAAAUGUUCCGGACGAAGGCAGCGAUGGAUAGACACAUCAAGGAGCAUCUAGGGCUGGAGCCAAUCGAACGGAUGCAGUGCGAGUACUGCCAGAAGUGGUUCAAUGGGAAGUACAAUCUGAACAAGCACGUUCGCUUUCUGCACAAUGAGCAGGGUCAGGUGUUUCGGUGCGAUAUAUGUCCGCACGAAAGUCCGAACAGUCGGGCGCUAGCGUACCACAAGCAGCGGGUCCAUGUGCAGGAAAAACACGAGUGUGAACACUGUGGGAAGCGCUUCAAGCGAAAGCUUUAUCUGCGCGAGCACAUUGCAUCGCACACAAACGUUCCGCUGUACACGUGUGAGUAUUGUGGGAUGAAGUUUAACUCGCAUGCUAAUCACUUUACGCACCGAAAGAACAAACAUCCGGAAGAGUGGGAAGCGCACAAGCGCAUGCGAUUGUUGAAGAAGAUGAGUAAAAAUUGAUCGUCAUAAGUUAGGCGCCUGCGGUCAGGGUGUGGGUCGGGUGCAUGGUUCUUCAGCAGACGGACUGCUCAUUGAUUAGAUUUUAAAAGGAUUCUUUUUUAUAGGUAGCCACUACAUUCGGUCUAAGGUACAUGGAAGUGAUAUGCGUAUGUUCCGCUUUUUUGGCAUAAACGUAAUAAAUUAUUUAUUUCAACGUAUGGAUGAAAUUUUCACUGCCAUCGUAGCCACUUGCCGUUGAUUUCCACUUUUCAGUUGUUUCCUCUUGGCUAACGAAAUUUUAAUCUAUGCACUUAUUUUUUCCAACAUUCUAGUCUACAAAUUCUGGACUUGGCAUAUACUUAUACGAAAGGGGUAAAAUGGUGCUUUAGUUGGGUUAUAUCCCACUGGAAGCCUCGAAUUAUAUAAAUACACAUCCAGCUCAAUUCAUAAUAAAAUAUUUCAA